AGAACGCUGACACCUGCAGCUGCAGUCGCAACUCCGCAGAGAGUGAAGAUGCUCACAAUUGCUCCUCAUCCACCGAGAACGCAGGUCGUACUGCUCCAAGUCCUGUUCACAGAGUCAAACACUGUGCUUUGUGUGCAUAGGAUUCAACUAUUUCAACAAGGAUAUCACUCAGAGAUUAAGAGGAUUUUUCGUCAUCACGCAGCCUCUGGUGCAUUUCUGGGGGCAUGCGAUUCUUGGUAAUACCUCUUAACUUGGAUUUACUUUUGAUUAUCCCCAUGGAUUUUUUAAACCUUUCCAAUUUUUCUCUCGUCGACUCAAAUUCAACAACAACAGCUGUAGAUGGAACCCUUCACUGCAGCUCUAUCCUUCAUGUAAUUUCUGGCAUCAUCUGCUUCCUGGGUAUUAUGGGCAACUGUAUUGUUAUCUACACCAUCAUGAAGAAGACAAAGUGUCGCGCCAAACAAACUGUUCCGGAUAUCUUUAUCUUAAAUUUGUCACUUGUGGAUCUCCUGUUCCUACUUGGAAUGCCAUUCCUCCUCCACCAGUUGCUGGGCAACGGUACCUGGCACUUUGGAGCUGCGAUGUGUACGGUCAUCACCGCACUGGACUCCAAUAGUCAAAUUGUUAGUACUUACAUCCUCACAGCUAUGACACUUGAUCGUUACUUGGCCACAGUCCAUCCCAUCCGCUUCAAUUACAUCCGCACACCUUGUGUGGCAGCACUGGUGAUUGGCUUAGUGUGGGGUCUGUCAUUACUCACAAUCAUCCCUGUGUGGAUGUACGCUGGCCUGAUGACUCUCCCCGACGGCAUGGUGGCCUGUGCUCUUCUCCUGCCCGACCCUGUCACUGACACAUACUGGUUUACACUCUACCAGUUCUUCUUGGCGUUUGCCAUACCUCUGGUUAUCAUCUGCUUGGUGUUCUUCAAGAUCCUGCAGCACAUGUCCACAAGCGUGGCCCCCCUCCCUCCUCGGAGUUUGAGGGUGCGAACCCGGAAGGUGACCCGGAUGGCGGUAGCCAUAUGCUUGGCUUUCUUCAUCUGCUGGGCCCCUUACUACAUCCUUCAGCUGGUCCACCUCGGGGUGCAGAAGCCGAGCUUAGCCUUCUCCUAUGCUUACAACAUUGCUAUUAGCAUGGGCUACGCCAACAGCUGCAUCAACCCGUUCCUCUAUAUUAUCCUUAGUGAGACCUUCAAGAGGCAGUUUUACAGGGCUGUUCGGCCAAUUAACAGGAAAUUCAGAGUGAACCCAAGCACAACAGAUGGUGGAAGUGUGAGUGUGAGGAUGAUACCUGAAGGGGCUCAGCAGGAGCCGGCCUCUGAGGAGUUAAUACCAUCCAAUGGGGCACCACAGUGAAUAAGAAACAGGGAAGAAUAGAUAUCCAUGCAAAUCCCACAAUGAAUGGAAGAGGAGCUAAAAAAAAAAAAAAAAAAAAUAGAGACAGAGGCAGUAGUUUGAAUGUGUUAUGCAGCUCAGAAAACAAUCAAAGGACUGGAUAGUUUUGGAGAUAAUAUGUAAUGUCUGACUUUACAAUGUUCUUCAUCCACAAAAAAGAAUGGUACAAAAAAAUAGGGGGAUAAAUCUUUGGCUUGAUGCAAGUUAAUAAUUGAAUCCCAAGUUACUUUAUUUUAAAAAAAUUGACAGAGUGUAUUGUAAAACAGAAGAGUGGGGAUGUCUCCUUAAAACUGCAAUGGUGAAAAUAUUUCCAGACAUUGUUUCUCUUUCCCCAUAGUGUCUCUCUCAGUCUUACAUAUGAAUUAUAGAUGACAUUUGACAUAUAAACAUUUCUGUCAAACUCAGUGAAUGUUGUCUUGUAAGAGUCAUCACUUCAAACAUCACUGUAAUGUUGUCAACUUCAGUAAUAAAACAGGCUGUAGAUAUCAUGAUAACCAUACCGUCACCACGUAGUAGCUGGGAAGAGAAUGUAAUAUUUAAGGCUGUUCGCUUAUGCUAGCAUUGUGGCUCAGGUUUUGUCAUGGGGUCUUGUGAGGUGAAAUUAGUUUUGCAGCCAAUGCACCUAAUUGCUUCUCCACAAAGAGACUGGCAGACUUUUAUAGAAUUUUCAGUCUUUCAUAUUAAGUCCCCAUGACUUGAUUUUUGAGGUGGAGACUGUAAAUGUACACCUUCGCUGAUCACUGUAUUGGUUUCCUUGACAUGAGCUGAUGAACUCUAUCUGACCUGUCACCUAAAUGAAUUACUCUUAAGAAAUGUAAGAGGUCAACAUCCAAGUCCUGCAAGAUUGAAGCACUGAGCACAUUAGGCCUAUGCAGAGAAAAACACGCAAAACCUCAGUCAACUGGAUUAUACCUUUAAAAUCCCGGACCAUCGACUGGUUUGUAUGAAAGCUUUAACGAUCCAGGAUGCCGCUGAACGGUGCAAUCGGACCUUUAACUAUAAGUUUGGUUAUAGAUUACGGAUCAGUGAAUCUUUACACCCCUAGAAAAAAAGCCUUUCCCUACUGGAAUGUGUUCACAACUUGUUACAGGGUGUUGUUCAGACAUCAGAGUGUCUCUAUGCUUCAUUAUCUGCUGGAUAUCAGACAAAAUUCUCAUGUUACUCUCUGUUUCAACUUUUAUCAACUCCUGAUGGGGAGUUGGAUACAUUGAUGCUAAACCAGCAACCAGAGACAAACACAUCCCCCUGAUGUCGGAGCUGCUCCUGCCUGCUCAUUGGCUUACCGGUCAACCCGGCAGUGUGGACAGAAUUAUGGCUAUGACUCAGACAAGACAGAAGAGCACAAGAUGUGCAUUGACUCAGAGAACUCCUGUUGUUUCAGUUAUGCUCCUCAAGGUUUUUUUUUUGUCUAUGCUCAAGUCUCUCAAAAUUAUGUUGUACCUUUGUUCAGCUUCGGUGACAUCAUAUUGAUGUAAAAGGAGAAAAUAUGAAUUCUUACACCAGUUAAAUUAAUUGCACAUAAUUUUGUGACUGUGUGCAAUCUCUCUAAUGUGCAGUCUGAACAUGACUAAAUACUACUAAGGCUGCAAUACUGUGUAAUUAAAUGACUGUUAAUGACUGAUCUGGGAGGAAGUCUUUGAGGAACAUGUUCCUCAAGGCAGGAAUCAUUGUUUUGUCCAAAUCUUAAAGAAAAAAGUGCACUCAGUAACUGAGGGUUACAUCUAUGUUAAAUAAUUUAUGUUGAUAAUGAGGAGAACGGGAUGGAUACAAAGUUUACAAAAUACAAUAUAAAAGGUGACUCAUCAUUACUGCACACAUUCGAUAUAAGAGCAGUGUGUGCAUCCAUGCAGCACCCAGCAUGUACUUCCAGGCAGAGCAGUGAUUUCAGCUGUGUAAUGGAAAUUUUGCAGCAGACAGUAGGCUGUCACACUCGAUGAUGGCAGACACGUGGGUUGUGAGCUUUUGGGACUUAUAGAGUUUGCAGUAAAAUACUUGCAUAGAUGUUGUUGAGGUUGUAAUUAUCUGUCAACUUGUUUCUUCAUGUGUCUUUGUGUGAUUCUGUGAUUUGUGUGAAUAUGUAACUUCAGUAUGGAACAGAGACAAAACUGUCAAGGUACCACAUGCCAUGGGUAUUAGGAAUUUAAAGUUCUAAUUCGUCUACUUUGUAAAGAAAAAGAUAAAAGGACAUUGUACGUUUCAAAAAACCUAAUUUUAUCUCUCCACACUGUGCAAGAGCAGCUGGAGAACAUAAUGAUUGUAUUACAUGAAGCACUUUACAUUAACAUUCACUCUGUAUAAUCGCUUUGAGGAGGCUGGCUUUAAAUCAGAGACCAUUAAAUUAAUCAUUCAAUUCAAGUCAGACUUCUUCACAUUUUAUGAAAUAUGAGGUUCAAAAUACAAUAUUUUUAUGUUAAAUAUGAAACUUGAGCAUAUAUGAAAUGCGAAGUAGAAAAUUCGAGAGACUGAAAAGAUGUUGUCUUUUAUAUUUGAUGUCCUGUGUUUCUUUUAGCUGUGCUUUUACUCAUUUAAGCAUUUAUAUAUUUUUGUACACUUUCUGUCCUGCUUUCUUGUCUAUUACCAGGUGAUAUAAAAAUGAUUAACAGAUUUUAAUUAAAAAAAAUGGAUACAGUUAUGUGCUCAGGCGCAAAGAAAUAUUUUGAAAAGCUUAAUUUUGCAGCUCUGUGACAGUGUGGUGUAAUAAUCAACACAAUGAUUAUUAAAAAUAUAUCAAUAAUAAAUUCCUGCAUAUGAGUUACGAGAGCUCAGGCUUUGGUCCAGUGAAAUCAACUAAUCAGAAUAGUUCUUGGUAAUGUCAUGCCAAGCACACAAAUUAUUAUUCCUCAGAAAAUUUGUACAGGCCACCCCAAAAAGAAAAAACUUUUUUUUUUCUCCUCCUGACAUGUAUUGUUUCCUCCAGAGAGACCACCAUAGUCUCCUCCUAAUGAAACAUGACAACACUUCAAGCAGGAACAGUGGUUAUUUGUUCGUUUUUCAAUGUGGCAAAAGAAAUGUACUGCUGUGUUCUGAAUGUACCGAUCUCCUGAAGUACCAAAAAGUGAUAAUUUUAUCACACAAGUUCAUUAUCUUGUGCACACAAAUCAUAAAGCUUGGCAAAUGCAGCAGUGGUAAAAAAAAUCUACUUGAAAUCAAUUGCCAAUAUUUGUCAUUAAAUAGAGUGAUAUAUGCGAGCUAGUUCAGGCGGCCAUUCAAGUUUAAUUGAUUUCACAUUUGCCAUUCAUCAGUCUCAAAAUCCCUUGACAAACAUAUCCUUCCAGUUAGGCAGUCUAUUCAAGCUGGCAGAUUCCUGAUCUCUGCCUCUGCUUUGCCAAUGCCACGAUUACACUGCACUUGUGCUGGGCUCAAACUUUCAGCUACACAUCCACCCCAGCAUCCACCUGCAGGCUCCAACUAUAAGGGUUUAACAUGUUGUCUCAUCCUCCUUAAUUUUUGCAUGUAAAGAUAACCUACAAAAGUGAUGAGGAUCUGAAACAUUAUUUCUACAAAGGCAACCUGGAGAGACAGUGAAUGCUUCUGUUAUUAUCAGAAUAAACUGCCAGUUGGAUCUGAAAGUAGGGAUAUCUUGAUCCCAAUCUCAAUUAUCAGAUUAGGGUUUUUCACAACCACCUCACAAACAACGUAGCUUUUGUUUGCAAAAUAAUUUUCUUGUGUGCACAAGAUAAAAUCUAUAAUCUAUGCAGGACUUCAGGGGCUCCGUAUGGUUGAUUUCACAUGUCAAAACUUUAAAAAGGGGCCGGUAAAGGUGUUGUUAAGUUUGUAUUGAUGCUAAGUGCUUCUGUAUGUUUGUACAAUAAAAACAAUCAAAUGUAAAUACAACAUUUAUAUCUGUAUUUCGUUGCUUUGUACUUGUGCUAUGCGCAAUGACAAUGAGUUUGAAUCUAAUCUAUUCAUCACAGAAUAGGAAACACAAAGUUUCUCAUCUUUUCCUGGACUUUAACUUACUUAAACAGACAAAAAACUUUUAAAAGUGAAAUAAUCACGGUGGUCAAGUUCCCAUCCAAAUGUUUUACUUGGGGUCACACAGAAUCUAUGACAUAGUUUAGAAAUUUCCCAUGAACCCACUUACUUAUAAAACUACACCCUGUGCUGUUCCAACACAAAAGAUGAGAAACUGCUGUAUCUGUUGUUCUUGUUCUGUUGUUUUGGAGCAAAAGAGAAAAGGCCUGGGUUCAAACAUGCCUAAUUGUUGAGUAAACAAAUCAAAUGUGAGACUCUUUCUCUCUCUACUGUGCAUUUACAGUCUAAUAAAAAAUGCGUAUGAAACC